AAUUUGCGGAACUGGGAGAACGAGCCGCUGCGUGUUGACUGCUAACGCUGUUGGCAUGUUACACACCGCGGUGCUGAACCUUCAAACAACAAAUCGUGUAAAUAGUACACUUCCUGUUUUCUUGUGUUAAAACGCUGCUCCGGAACGGCUCCUGCAGCUCGUUUACUUCGCCGCCAGCGGCCGCAGGAACUUCCUUGUUUCCGCUAAUAAAAUGACGCGGGUCGGUGAAAGUCAGGCGACGCGCUGCUGGCUCCUGGCCGCGGGGCUCCUGUCUGUCUUGACCGGGCUGGUGUCAGCAGCUCGGCCGCCUCAUGUCGUUUUCGUCCUGGCCGAUGACUUGGGCUGGUACGACGUCGGCUACCACAGCUCGGAGAUCAGGACGCCAAACCUGGACCGCCUGUCGGCUCACGGCGUCCGCUUGGAGAACUACUACGUCCAGCCGGUGUGCACCCCGUCCAGGAACCAGCUCAUGACCGGGAGGUACCAGAUCCACACGGGGAUGCAGCACCAGAUCAUCUGGCCGUGCCAGCCGUAUUGCGUCCCUCUGGAUGAGACACUGCUGCCUCAGCUGCUGAAGGAGGCGGGCUACGACACGCACAUGGUGGGCAAGUGGCACUUGGGCAUGUACAAGAAGGACUGCCUGCCCACGCGCCGCGGCUUUGACACAUACUUUGGUUACCUGACGGGAAGUGAGGACUACUUCACUCACGAGCGUUGCUAUGACAUCGCUCCCCUGAACCUGACGCGCUGCGCGCUGGACCUCAGGGACGGGGAAGAGGUGGCCGCGGCGUAUAAAGGAGACUAUUCCACUGAGCUGUUCAGUCAGAGAGCCGUCAGUGUCAUCGAGAAACACAACUCCAGCAAGCCACUGUUCCUGUACGUGGCGCUGCAGGCGGUUCAUUCACCCCUGCAGGUACCGGAGCGGUACUUGGCCCCCUACAGUUUCAUUGAGGACCGUCAUCGCAGGCUGUACGCAGGCAUGGUGUCGGCCAUGGACGAGGCCGUGGGGAACAUCAGCCUGGCUUUGCAGCAGGAAGGACUUUGGAACAACACGGUCCUGGUGUUCUCCACAGAUAACGGCGGUCAGACGGUGUACGGUGGCAGCAACUGGCCGCUGCGUGGGAGGAAGCUGUCGCUGUGGGAGGGAGGCGUGCGUGGAGUGGGGUUCGUUGCCGGCCCGCUGCUGGAAAAACCCGGUACGGUCAGCCGGGAGCUCAUCCACAUCUCCGACUGGCUGCCCACCCUGGUCGGCCUGGCGGGAGGCAGCACCAGCAGCACAAAGCCUCUGGACGGCUUCAACGUGUGGAAGACCAUCAGCAAAGGCUUCGCCUCACCCAGACAGGAGCUGCUGCACAACAUCGACCCUUUGUAUUCUGACCUCGCUCCAUGUCCUGGCAGCCAGAGUCGGUUAACUCUGGCCCGGGGGGUCGCUGAAGACCGCUGGGCCAAGACCGGCUUCAAUGCGUCCAUUCACGCCGCCAUCCGAUCCUCAAACUGGAAGCUGCUGACUGGAUACCCAGGCUGCGAGGUUUGGUUCCCCCGACCCGGCCACAACGGCUCAGACUCCGGGGUCUCCAAGCUCGGCCCUCUGAAGCCCAUCAUGCUGUUUGACGUGGAAAAAGACCCCGAGGAGAGGAACGAGGUGUCGGCCCAGUUCCCCGGCGUGGUGGAUUACCUCCUCACCAGACUCCAGGAGCACCAGAAAACUGCGCUGCCCAUAAACUACCCCGACGACGACCCCAAAUGUGACCCGGGCCCCACUGGAGCCUGGGGGCCGUGGGCUUAGAUGGAGACAGCAUGGAGGCAUUAUGAUGGAUCCUAUUUGCACUUUGUUCACUGUGACCAAGAAAUGUUUUUAUAAACUUUUUUUUUUUUUACAUUUCCGGUGUCCGUACAACAUGACAAGUCCUCAAGUUCCUCUCUUGCUGAAAGAAUCUCAUCAUUCAGAGGAACGUCAGCUGUUAAUUAUCUGAUGGAUGAAAGUCAACAGAAGUUAUUUAUUCUUGACGUGCUGAUUUUAAAGUAGCUCCUUAAAGCUAAUCUAAUAUAAAAUAUGCAGUAAAAAUAAAUUAUUUUUGAUCAUUGUUUGAAAUGAUCUUAGUUUUGAAUCUUCUAUGUUAUUUGCCAGGCAUAAAAUGUAUUAUAUAAAUAAAUAUAUUUGUAUGUUGGAGGUUGCUUUGUGCCUUUGUACUGUUGCUGUUGCUGUUGGAUGUCCCAACUUGAUUUUGCAGAACUCAGAUGUGAAAUAAAUCAAAUGAAAAUGAAUAAAUAAAACAACCAUGGCAGGCCAGAUUAAUAUAUUGUUUAUAUUGUGUAAUUGAAUAAAGUCUUGUUGUUUUUUUACA